UGUUUCCCCCCCUGUUGUUUUGUUCAUAUUGUUUGAGAUGGGAGAGUGAUCUCAUUUUGGGCCACACAAUUUUUCAUUUUUGUUCAAUCCCAUGUAUAAUAAGAGGCUUUUGGACGACGAAAAAUUGGUUCCAGUAAGUAAUCCAAGAACUUUGGUACCAUAUAUGAGCACUAGGGAUUGUUCUCAAGGAUUUUGCAGUUUUUACUGCCCACAAUGGUGUUACAUAAUUUUCCCUCCACCACCACAAUUUGACUUACCUGAUGAUGAUGAUGAUUCUAGUCCUAAUUUCUCUCCUCUAAUCAUCGCGAUCAUCGGAAUUCUUGCUAGUGCUUUCCUAUUAGUUAGUUACUAUACUAUAAUAUCAAAGUAUUGUGGAAAUUCAAGAAGAAGGGGAAGUCAUCAUCAAGAAGAAUCAGAAUUAGAAGAGGAGGAUCAUGAUCCUUCAAAUCAUGAGGCAUGGAAUGUUAAUGCUGCUGGUGGUUUAGAUGAAGCAUUGAUCAAGUCUAUUAGAGUGUUUAAGUACAAGAAAUGUGAUGGAUUAUUGACUGAAGGAACAGAUUGUUCUGUUUGUUUAAGUGAAUUUCAAGAAGAUGAAAGUCUUAGGCUUUUGCCUAAAUGUAGCCAUGCUUUUCAUGUAAUGUGCAUUGAUACAUGGCUUAAAUCUCACUCCAAUUGCCCGUUAUGUCGAGCUCAGAUAACUUUUUCUAAUGCUCCGCCUCCACCAUUACCUCCUCCGGUAAUGGAAGCUCCGCGAGAGAUUGAAACAACUCCACCAAUCCAACCGGAACGUGACAUAGAAAUGGGCAUCAGAGUAGAGGAAACACGAGACGGAGAAGAAAAAGAAGAAGAUGCGACAAACCAAAACCAUAUGAAUCAAGAAGUUAGGAGGAGAUCAUUAUCAAUGGAUUAUGCAUCUCAACGUCGUUUAUCAAUAGCUGAUGUACUAAGAAUUGAUCACGACGAAUUCCAUGAUUGUGUAACGGGAGAAGAUUGCGAGUUGCAAAGAGAUGUUGGAACAUCAAAACAAGAAAAUAAUGGUGAAGAAAUGAGUAAGGGUGGAAUUAGAAAUAAUUCACUAGUACAAUAUUGUCCUAUGAUGAUGAAGAGAUCAUUGUCUAGUGGGAGAUUCUUCUUUACCAAAUGUGGGAGAGGACAAAACAUGGUCACUACUUUGUCAAAUAUUUGAAUAUUUUUGUGUCAAUUUUUAGGAGGAUUUUUGUGUAUGCUAUUCAACAAAGGUUGAUUAAACAUGAUGAGUUUGAAAGUUU